AUGACACAAACUUUGAUGAGCCCACCUGAGUAUAGACACCAGGAUAGUGUUCCCCUCAUCCAUGACACCUAUCGUGGCGAAAAUGUGACCGUCAACCAAUAUAAAUACCUGGCGGCUCUCUACGAGUCUGAACUCCGCACCCAUGCCCUUGUUGUCGAUGAGUAUAUGGACGAUGUUACCGAAGCGAUGCAAGAGGCGCUUGAACGGACAAAGCCAUUGGCCCAAUUUCUCACACACCAGCCGUAUCUCACUCCUUCAAUUCGCUUCAAGCUCUUGGACUUUGGAUUGAAAUUGCUGGUGCGGUUGAAGGUGCUCCCAUUUGUCUUUUGCCGUGCGGUGAGACUCUUUGACCGCUACUGCCUGAAAGCAAUAGUGUUGCUCCCACAUGGCCAGCUCCUUAUGGCGACGUGUCUCUGGAUCGCCGCCAAAAUCCACGGUGGAAAUUGCCACUUUGCCAACAUGCAUAGCGAACGACCACCAGCAGAAAUCCGCUCAGUCCUGGACUUGGGGUAUGGCGCCGGCGCCAGAUUCAACGGUCCCACUCAGCGGUACAGGCUUCCCCGGGUCACAGAGCUAAUCAGGCUCUGUGGCUCCCGAUGCAACUACAAUUCCAAGAUGUUCCACCAGAUGGAAAUCGCCAUCAUGCUCAACACCAACUACGAUGCUGCAAAUGCCUCCAGGCCCUGUGACUACGAAUUCCGCCGCAUAAAGCAAUUUGUCGCGUACGCCGCCUGCUUUCUGUACGAGACAGUCGGCUACAGCCCCACGCAAGUGGCCAAGACUACAAUUGAUCUCAUCAAUCAAACCUUCAUGCUUCUGAGAAGAGACCCGAGGUUUCAGGUGCCCAACCAAUGCGUGGAUGUCAAUGACUGCAACCCCGACUAUUUCGCAAGCAGUAUGCUUAGAAAGCUGUUGGUUUCCGCCGUGGCCAAGUCGCCCGCUUUUCUCUUGGACCUUUUCGCUGAUAAAGGGCCCCAGCAACUUUUCUCCCUUAUAGUCAGCCCCAGCUCGAUCCCAGCCUUGGACAUCCCCAAACAGCCGCCUUUGUUGACCCAGACCUACUCCAUGCCCCCCUUGGUAUCGUCGCCCAGCUCAGCUCAAUUCGGCAAUAGUCCAGUGACACCAAGAGAGUACAAGUACGAGAGAGUUGAGAUAGCCAGGUCCGUAAAAAGGCUAGCAGAACGACCACGCGUUGUGGCCAGCCAAGGCGAAGUUGGUUCUCGGCCUUGUCGGCGAAACACGCCUGUUUUGCUCACUCCAACACCAAACCCGGCAAAUUUACAUAGCCACCACUACCCAAGUAUACUUCCUCACUCCUCUACAAACUAUGCUAUGAGCAACGCCUACCCCUCUAGUGGACGCUCAUCCAAAUCUCCGAAGGAAAGUGAAAUAUUUGACCAGGAAAGGCCUAAGCUUGGGGCAGCGACGCCUGCAAGCAGUGAAAACGAAUACAAAGACCGAGGGUUUGCCGAUGUCCCAGCACCAAUGUUCAAACGGUUCUUUUAGGUACUAAAAACAAUCCCAUUAAUAUAUCAUGACGAGUGAGGCAAA